AAAAUCCCGGCACCGCCCCCGGCACCGCCCCCCCCGCCCCGAUAAAUGGGGGUCUCCGCGGCGGGAGGGACACGGAGCGGCCCCACCACCACCGGACACAGCAUGGCCCGGGCCCCCCCCGGGCUGAUGGCGGCGUCACUGCUGCUGCUGCUGCUGCUGCUGCUGUGCUCAGCCACCACUGCUGCCCCCCCCCAGGCCGCCCCCCUCUCGCCCCCCGGGCCCCCUGACCCACCUCCGAGGCUACCUGGGCCAGGUGGGCUCGGCGGCCGAGAACCUCCUGGAGCGCCUCAGCCUCCCCGCGGCCCAGCAGCGGAUCCGGGUCGCAUACGAACAGGGCUCGGCGGCCGUGGUCACCUACACCGGGAUCCUCACGGACCAGCUCUACCACUGGUGGCAGGGGGACCACUGACCCCCCUCAAAAUUGGGGGUGUGGGGGGGACACCCCCCCGUGUGUUUGUGUCCCCCCCGGCGUGUGUCCCCUCCUCAAUAAAGGCACCAGCCCUGGGGGUCUCAGGGGUCUUCACGGGGUGUCUGUGGGGGGCUUUGGAAGGCUCGGGGGGGCCAUCGGAGGGGCCUGGGGGGCUCGGGGGGGCCUUUGGGGUCCCUAUAGUGGCUCUGAGGGAGCAGAGGGGACUUUAGGGGAGCUCGGGAGGGGUCUUGGAGUGUCUGUGGAUAUCAGAUCUCAGGGUCUCUGAGGUACCCCAAAUCCCACUGCUUUACUCCAAAAUCCUGCUGGCUUACCCUAAAAUCCUGGGUUUACGGCAAAUCCUGCUGCUUUGCUCCAGAGUCCUGCUGUUUUGCCUCAAAUUCCACUGUUUUGCCCCAAAUCCCAGUUUUACCCUCCUUUUCCAUUACUUUAAGGAUUAAAUUGAGGCAAAAAUGCCUCUUGGAUAGCAUUUUAAGGCUAUAAAUCAAAGGGGGAA